AACAUUAAAUUAUUGAUAGUUUUCGGUUCGAUAAAUUAUUUUAAGCGGAAAAUAUUCUGCCGGAAACGUAUUGAAAAUGUGAUGGUAUCAGUUCCUAUUUGUCGCUUAAAAAUAAUACCGAAAAAAGACCAGUCGGGAGUAGCAGAUUUGAAUAAUCGAAAUAUUUUUUGCAUCUCUUCCUUCAAGGAUAAAGUAGUUUCUUUAUCGAAAAAGGAUAAAUAACUUUUUUUUUAACGCGCCUCCUGCAUGUAUACCAUGAAAUUUUUAUAUUCUCGCCAAAAUGUCAAUUAUUUAUACUUCACCGUGUCCUUUUUUUUACGACUCAAUUUUACAAAUGAACUGAACGCAAUAAAAAGUCUAGGGAAAUAAAAACGAAUUCAGUAAAAGCAACGGAAUGAUUUGAUUGUGAAAAUAAUGUUCAAAAAUCGAACGAAUGUUGUUUAUAAAUGUACAGUAAGGCUGCUCGAGGACUUGGAUGUUUUAGAAUGUGAAUUUCAGCCGAAUCACAGAGGAACGUUUCUGUUGGAUUAUGUUUGUGAGCAGCUCGACAUCAAGGACAAGGACUACUUCGGCCUGCGAUAUGUAGAUUCUGCAAAGCAAAGGCACUGGUUGGAUCUGGCCAAAUCCAUCACUAAACAAGUGAAAGAUGUCGACCCACUCGUCUUUUCGUUCCGCAUAAAAUUUUAUCCAGCAGAUCCAUUUAGAUUAACCGGAAAUGCCAAAUUUAUGUUGUAUCAACAAUUAAAACGGGAUUUGCGACAUGGUCGAUUAUACUGUUCAGCCGGUGAAGCGUCCGCGUUAGGAGCGUUAGUUGUUCAAGAGGAGCUUGGCGACUACGAUCCAGAAAUCCAUGUGGGCGAUUAUGUGGCUGCUAUUAAAAUUGUUCUGCGACAGACAGAUAGUCUGGAACGGAAGGUAAUGGAACUACACCAAAAACGGGAACCAGGCCAAGAGGUUCACAUUCCUAUCGAUGAAUUUAUGUCAAUUGCACGUACGCUAGAAACUUAUGGCGUUGAUCCGCAUCCUGUUAAAGAUCACCGAGGCAGUCAAUUAUAUUUGGGUAUAAAUCAUUCUGGGAUCAAUACGUUUGCGGCGGGUAAAAAAGCUCAACACUUUCGAUGGUCUGAAAUACACAAACUCAAUUACGAAGGGAAAAUGUUCAUAGCGCAUUUAUCAUAUACGGAUAAGGAAAGUCGAGAACCGAAAAAACAUACCGUUGGAUGGAAAUGUGGAUCGGGCUCGGCGUGUCGGUAUAUUUGGAGAUGUUCCAUAGAGCAGAUGCUUUUUUUCACUUUACCGAAUAGUCAGAAUGCGAGUGUGAUGAGUGGCGGUGGCUUCAUGAGAGGCACAAAGUUCCGAUAUUCCGGUCGAACCGAAAGAGAAAUUUUAACGGAAAGUCUGAAUGCACUGAGACAGCAGCAUUUACUGAAUAACACUAGUCCUAGCAAGCGUAAAGCAAAUAGUGUUCCAGCAACACCAAGUAGUCCGCAGGGUGACCUGGCGGAAAUUCGUUACAGUAGCUUACCUCGAUCAACUAUGUCCGAGCCAAUGGGAUGUUCUAAUCAGAUAAAUUCUGGAUUUUUACAAGAUAGCACAAUACCUCUGCUGGAAACUGUUUCCGAAGAAGCGAGAAGACAAACUGGACUGGAAAACAACGGUCUUUCGGAUUACUAUUUUCGCGAUUCAUUCGAUCACUCAUCGUCAGAAAGUGGUUUUACCAGCCUUACCGAUAACCGCAUCGGGCAUCGAUUAAUAAAUCCUUCCCACAAUCCGCCAUUAUCCAUUACCAAUCAAGCGUCGUCAAACAAUUCGGCCGCCGUGAUCAAUCAGCAAAAUGCCACAAAUAAUGCGAAAACGGCCAAACGAUUUUCCAUCUUGCAUGCAUUCGUUCCGUCGUUCAUAUUCGUUGUUAUUGCAUUGAUAGUUUUAACCAUUUUUAUAUUAGAAUCCGAAUCGGAAAUGGUCUCUCCAAUCAGAGAUUUGCCGGAAAUGAAAAUUUUGAAGUAUCAGUACUAUCAGCCGCUUAAGGAUGUAUUUGCGAAAUUAUUCAUCAAUCAAUAGAAUGUGUGUGUGUGUGUGUGUGACAUUCAAUUACUAGAUUUUUUACAAUUUCAUUUUCUACCGAAGCUUUUGAAGCAAAGGUAUUGAAACUAAGUUCGCUGGUUGGAUGAGCGAGAGAGACAGAGAUAGAUAGAUAGAGAGAGCGUGAUUGGGUAUAAGAUAAGAGUCCUUCGUUUUUAAAACGCUGGGGAUGCUAGGGUCACACUGUGACCGUCACAGUCGGUUGGAUUUUUUAAAAAAAAUUUGACUAAAAAACUUAUUCGAUGGUUCCUUUGCUAUUUCCAUAUUUGCCCAUCUGUAGCCUGAACUUCAGGCCCUGAAGUUUUUGGAUCAUUUCUUAAAAAUCAUACCAUUUUUUGUCACAUGGUGAUUUAUGGAAAAAAUGUCAGUCUCUCGGUUACUUAGGGUAUCAGAGCAUCAGUUUUCGUGUCCAACUAAAACCACUUUUCCAGCAAUCUUUCCAUUGUUUCUGAUUGAACGACUAAGUUGAGUGAGGAAUUAUUCUACGACUUGAGUGAUGAAUCAGAGCCUUUCACGAAUUUUCGUGAAUCUUAAAAUAUGAAAAAAAUCGCGAAAAUUCGACAAAAAUUCAUGGCAAUUAGCGAAAACGUUUUUACUACUACAGGGUCUGUGAUGAAUUGAAAGAUUCUUUGAUGAAUGCAUGUUUCUGAGCCAUUCUUUGAUACUAGGGCGUAUCGAAUUUUGAGAAUUUUAAGGGCCGAGAUAGCCUGUGUGCGGAAAACGUAGAUCAUUGAAAACAAA